AUGGUCGGUCCACCCGUCAGCACCCGCGAUCGCCAUCGUCACCAACACUUCCCGUUGAUCUCGCCUCCGGACGAGGACGUAGUCCAGCAGGUGCCACUGACGGGACCGAGGAUGCCUCCAGGUGGCCUUCUCUCGCUCCGACAGACCGAAAAAGGCCUUCGUCAGGAUGAGGCAGUGUUCUGCGCAGGUGCGGAGCAGCAGCAGACCAUUGUCGUUGGAGCCGCGGAGACCGUGGCGACGCAGCACUCCUCUCUAGGCAGUAUGUUCUGUGCCGACGUGGGUGUUGAAGCCGCCAAAGACAAUCAGCUUGUCCGCCUUCAAAACAGUCGCCAAGAGGGCGUGCAGGUCCUCGUAGAAUUUGUCUAUUGCGGUGGCGUCGGGGCAGCUCAUCGGCGGAGCGUAGGCGCUGAUGAUGGUGGCGAAUUUGCCCCCACGCCUGCCUGA